GACGCUACUGGAGCUCCGCGAAGAAUAGCAGCACUCCCUGGUCUGUCAGGUCUGUCAGCCCCAUGGUAGGCUACUGCCCCACCAGUCAUCGAGGAGCGACCGCGCCUGAGUGUGUGGGACCGACGGGGAGCUGGACGACCACAACCAACAAUAAAAAAAGGUGUCCCUGAAGGUAGCAGCAGUCACAGUGACAUGGGCAGGAAAGGUAAUCACACACCCUGCAGAGCUAACACAGGAGCCCCUCCUGAGCUGCCCAGUAGAAAAUGACUCAGGGAAAUGGAAUCGGAGAGACAAGGGAUGGCUGCCUCCACUCCCAGGCCUCCGGGGACCUGGAGCAGUCCAACGGCAUCGAGAAAUUUCAAGAGGUCAACGAGUGUGAAUCCGAGGAGGGGGGGCAGGGAGGUGGAAGCGGGGGCUCCGUGGCUGUGCCGGGAACAGUCACAGCUCCAGACGGUGGCUGGGGGUGGGUGGUGCUGGCUGCCACCAUCGUAGUGCUGGCUCUGACCCUGGGCUUCCCCUCCUGCGUGGGAAUCUUCUACACCGACCUGCAGAAUGAGUUCCACGCCUCCAACAGCGAGACCUCCUGGGUGCCCUCCAUCAUGACGUCAGUGCUGCACGCAGGAGGUCCAUUUUGUAGCGUGCUGGUGGAGAGACUUGGUUGCCGGGCGACAAUCAUGUUGGGCGGCGUCCUGAGUGGGCUGGGAAUGGCUGCCAGCUCCUUUACCCAGUCCAUCGAACAGCUCUACGUCACAGCUGGGGUUAUUACAGGAUUGGGUUUCUGCUUCAGCUUCCAGCCAGCGGUGACGAUCCUCGGUCACUACUUUGUGCGUCGCCGUGCGUUCGCCAACGCCAUGUCCUCCACGGGCACGGCGCUGGGACUUUGCACUCUACCUUUCCUGGGUAACUACCUCCACACAGAGCUGGGCUGGAGGGGCAGCUUCCUUGUUUUGGGGGCCAUGCUGCUGAACUGCUGCGUGUGUGGAGCCUUGAUGAGGCCCCUGCAGCCCCCCAAGCAUCAAGGCCUGCCGCUGAUGAACCAUGGACCCCCUCCGCUUGAGGAGGAGAAAGUGACGAAGGAAAAAGGGUGGAUGAGGAGGAUAUGGAACUACUUUGUGACUGCUCUGAGAAAACACAUGGCGUUUGAUCAGCUCUGCCACAACUCGCGUUACUGCAUGUACGCCAUCGGCAUCACCUGGAUGAUGCUGGGGUUCGUGGUGCCUCUGAUUUACCUGGUUCCCUACGCCACGGCUAACGACAUGGAGCUAGGCCGCGCCGCGCUGCUGAUCUCCAUCAUGGGUAUGGUCAACAUCGUGGUGCGGCCGCCCUUCGGCAUCCUCUUCAGCAUGCCCUGGUUCAAGGGGCGACACAUUUACGUGUUUGCCUCGGCGCUGCUGGUCAACGGGCUCAGUAACACUAUCUGCUGCAUCGGGCCCAGCUUCCCCGUGCUGCUCGUCUACGUGGUCUUCUACGGGCUGUCCAUGAGUGUGGUGGGCUCCCUGAUGUUCACCGUCCUCAUGGAGAUCGUGGAGAUGAAGCGCUUCCCCUCCGCUCUGGGCCUGCUCGCUGUCAUGGAGAGCAUCACGCUGCUCAUCGGGCCUCCACUAGCAGGAGUCCUGAUCGACAGGACGGGCGAGUACUACCACGUAUUCUUCGCCUGCAGUGCCGUGGUUUCCUCCUCCGGCGUGUUCCUCAUCGUGGCGUUUAGCUGGCUGGACAAAAGGGACAGGAAGUUGUCGAAGCAGGGUCCCCCGUCCCCUCUGCCUGAAGCAGCCAGACCUGCUGUGGACCUGGCUCCGGACUGCCAGUACCGCAGCGUGCCCACAGAAGGAGACAAAGACAAGGCCUUGUGUGAAGGAGACACCUCCGGCGCCUGAACCCCACCCCCCCCUCCUCUAACACACAUCACAAACUCAAUCAGCUUUGCAGAUUGUUUCCGGAUGUUUGCACCAGCCAGCUCGGUGCUCCAGAUGUUGCACUGUUUACUUUCCCGCCAUCUGGUGUGCCAUAAAAGUCAAGACGAACCACAAUGAAUAAUUAAUGUUAGACAACCUUUAUACCAAAAUGAACAGAUGUGCACUUAACAACUACAGUACAGUGAUUGUACUAUUUAUUGCAAAUAUGCUGCUGAUCCUAUCAAUGUGAUCACACAAUCUAUCUUACAUGAGGUAUCUCACUUCAUCAAGCCAAGUUACAUACACGAUCCUUUGUUGAAGAAAUCACUGAAUGUUUGCUGGAGUGUUUUAAUGAUGAUAGUAUAUGAUUAUCGAUAGGUCUGAUUAGCUGCUGUUAAAUGAUACAGUAUAACAAACAAACUAAGUAGAAAUAUAAAUGGGUGAAAUCAAAGUGAUGGCAAACAUAGUGGAGUGAAGUCGCUCCCUGAGUGCUUCAAUAAGAGUUAAAGAAACAUAUGGUGUGAUUAUUCUAUAUUUGUCCUAGCUACCUGGCCACAGUGUGUCAAAUAAUUUCUGGUUAUUUCAUUAAAUGCACAUUUCUUUAAGGAUUUGGGCCUUGAAUGUGCAAUAAGAACUCAUAUCAUUCAGAUGUUACUACUCCUCCACUCAGUGCCUCAACAUGAUGACCACCUAAAGGCCAUCAUCCCCUAUCAGGAUAAAUAUUUAUGUUGAACAAUAUUUUAUCCCAGAAAAAUAUUGCAAUUAACUUUUAUUUAUUUAAUUUCAAGACCACUUUAUGCAGAUGAUAAUAUAACAGAACAAUAAGGCUAGCUCACCAUAUGAAAGAGCUAUUAACGUCAAUUCUUAAGAAUAUUCCGAAAUUGGAAUAAGGAUGUAAAAGAAAAUAUUUUUCUAAAUAAAUAAAAGAUCAUAAAAAUACAAAUGAAUGUACUGUUAAUAAGAGAUAUGCAGCAUCAGCUUAAUGCCCAAAUCUUGUUAUAAAAAAAACCUACUCUUUAUUAUUAUUCUUUCAUAUGUUAAAAUAUUAGCACCAUUGUAAGCAAAUGCAUGUAAAACAAUAUAUCGAAGUCAUGUCCAUAUAUUGUACAAAAAAUACAUAUAUUAUACAAUAUAAUUGGCUACACACCAAAUAUUACUCAGAAAGGCAGAAAUCAUGUUUUUGUUGGGACGACUUUUAACAGCGGAUUAUUCCACAUUUCUUCCUUUAGUUAGAAAUGUGGCAGCAGUUCAGUGUAUGUGGGAUUGAGUCAAAAAUAAUUAUAUUUUUGACAAGAAAAAUAUAGAAUAUCAUCCUAUGUAUCCUUUUACUAGCAAUAGCUUGAGACGUGUUACUGUAGGCCUUUAUCAGUAUGGAAGAAGAAAUAGGUUAAUAAGUGUUUUGACAUCUUAAAUAUAUUUUCUUCAGUGUUUUGACAUCUUAAAGGUAGGGUAGGUAAGUUUGAGAAACCGGCUCGAGAUCGCU